CGAACAACCCUCGCGGCCCCAACUUCUUCGACAACCGCUGUGACCGAUCGCGCGCCAAGAAUAACGACCCCAGCGUCUUACCGGCAAUUGAAUCUCGCAGUCAAACUCGACAUUCGAACGAUACUGAUAUCGCGCCAAACACGUCCACCGCGCCAAUGGCUGCCCCUAUGAAGACGCUGGCGAUGCGCUGGCCAGCUCCCACCAUCGCCGCACGCCAGACGACCUCAUCUGGUUUUGCCGCGCAGUGUCCCCGAUCCUCCUUCUCGACCAUUUGCCAAGCUAAGCGCCCUGCUGCUACCCAGAUGCUUGAGGCUUCACGAUCCUUCUCCCGCGCCAACCAUACCAUCAGCUUCCGCAUCCCUGCUGUCUCGUGCCUCCGCGCUGGAAAGGCGCUUGGCGCCUCGCCUCUCGCCUCGUCCGGCCGAUACUUUACUAGCACAACCUCCAAGCUCAACGAUACCGCUGCCGCUGCUGCUGCCAAGGCCUCUGCUGCCAGUGCCUCGCUCGAUUGGAACUCCUUCUUCCAGCUCCGUGUCAAGCGCCGACGCAUCCAACUCUUCUUCUCUGUCACAAUGGGUCUGGUCGGUGGUGCAGGAGGUGCUAUCCUCUUGUCCACUGGUCUUGCUGAGCCCCUCGUUGCUCAGGUUCCCCUUGACCCGUUUGUCACCCUUGGUCUGAUGACUGUCGCUUGCGCUGGCCUCGGAUGGCUCGUGGGCCCUUCCAUUGGCAGCCAGAUCUUCUACUUCAUGAACAGACGAUACAAGUCGCAGAUGCUGCAAAAGGAAAGCGAAUUCUUUGCCAGAGUGAAGAAGAACCGUGUUGACCCUUCCAACUCGAGCGCUGGAAACCCAGUUCCCGAUUUCUACGGCGAAAAGAUUCAGAGCGUUGCUGGAUACCGCAGAUGGCUCAAGGAUCAGCGUGCCUUCAACAGAAAGAAGACCGCUGCUUUCGUUUAAAGCGGGUGCCAAAGGAAACGAGCAAAAGAUUGUAGUGUAUUGGGAAAGGCUACUUAUGCGGAGAGACGCCAUGGCGCUUAAUGUAAGCAAGAUAUGGUCUUCUAAGAAACG